UUUGUCUUCCGGCCACUGUGUAUUUGCGAAUGCUGCGCACAAGGAUUCUGCCACGAAGAGAUAGCAAGUGCACCGCGCGGUCGCCUGGACUCUAAGAUCCCUGUUCUCUGGUGAAUCACCCAACGGUGUCCACAACAAAUGUGGCGAAACAAAACGUCGCCCCCGAGUCACAAGGCGGACUAUAUCAGUGUCCCUGCGGUGAGUAAAAGCGGCAGCAGCAGAGGACACUCCUGGGGCAUCAGUGGCCUUGCGGCGAGUAGAAGAGGCAACGGGAGAGGACAUCGCUGGAGCCUCGCGACAAUCUGUCCCGGCGACAGAGGCGAAUUCGCAUGGCGCAUGUUUCUGGCUGGCAAAGCACGAAAACCACUUUGUGUAGACCACGCUUGCAAACGCUGGCCUCCCCCACGAUUGCUGCGUGACGGCGAAAUGUCAAAGCACUCUAGCUCAUGAUUUUCAAGGUGUUGCGCACUCGCUGCGACAGCUGCAGUCUACAAAAACACCGACUGUGCUGUGUAGGGUAGUCUUGGCCUUGUCCAACAAGCGUGGGCUUUGCAAGAUUCAAGGGACGAGGGCUCGGUAUGCCAGUUGAAAUUCAAAGAAGGAAGGCCCCGCAGAGCCCUACCAUACCAUACUGGAGGAAGAGGGAGAGAGAGAGAGAGAAGGGGGAGGGGAGGGAUGAGGGGCCUGGGGAUGGCAGCGGACACGCUGUGGAGCACGAGCGCGACGCGGUGGCGCUGCCAUAGCGGCCUCGGCGACGUCCGCGGGGAGGUGAUCCAGGGCCACGGUAGCGGUGGCGAGCGCUCCCGCCUAGCAGUCCUCGGCCGCUGCAGCCACGCGGCCAUCAGCGACACCUUCUUCGCCGAGGUGGCUCGCGACCAUCUCGACGCAGAACAGAAGCGAACAAACCAUGACAUGAACAUGCAUUUUCGGAUGUCCACGCAAAUUUCUCGGAUCGACGCUAAGGCCCCUUGGCGGCGCCUCCAGCGCCGCACCUGGCGCGCUCCACGCGCCAGGGAGGGGGGUCCAGCGCCAAUCCGAAAAAUCUGCGCGGACCUCCGAAAGCUUACAUUAGUGAGACUGUUUGUUCCCUGGGGAGAAAUCGGAUUUACGCCUGGGGCACCUGGAGGACGCGCCCCCAGGAGGUCGCGCCGGGCCCCCCUUGCGGGCAGUCGGGCCGCCGUCCAGCAGGACCUGGGACCCGCCGACCACGGCGCGGCUGCGGACGAAGAUGCGGACGGGGCGCUCGCCGGUCGGCGACGGCCGCCCCGCAACAAGGCCUUCCGGCCUCCCAGGAGGCGCGCCUGGCGGAGAGUCGGGGAGGCUGCGCAGCGCCGCUGCGGGCGCGGGACAGAGAGAGAGAGAGAGGAGGAGGAGGAGGAGGAGGAGGAGGAGGAGGAGGAGGAGGAGGAGGAGGACGACGACGAGAUGGUGCGCUUCACGAUACCACCCCUGCAAAAAAGUCGGCACGCACUAUGCAGCGUGACGUGCAGAAAACAAAUCAUUCGCGCUGCCAGACUGCAAUGUCAGGAUUGCUGGUUGAGGGAACCCGUCCCGAUAUAAAAAAAACGAACACGCUCGUACGCAUGAGCGCGAACCCCGAAUAAAUGAUCUGUAGUGGAAGGCAUAGGCACAAAGUAGCGUGCUGCUGGCUUCAACGAAGGGCGCCAAGUUCUGCACAUCGUGAUCCGCUACAUGUCGGGGAAUGCGGACGUACGACACGGGGCAGAGUAAAUCAGUGAAGAACAGCGGGACGUAGCACCCCCGCGCAACGCCGGUACCCCACGUUCUUUCCGAAAGUCCUUGCUGGCAGCCGCGCGGCUUGGCGACACUUACUGGUCACCCUUCGACCUCUCGGCGGCUCACCCACUCCCCCCACUGAACCUCCACCCGAAGCUAGGCGCCCUAGCCGCGUCGGGACUCCAAUUGUGUCCAUCGAAGCUGAUGGGGCUGAUAAUCAUCUUCUCGUGUGCUAGCCUCGCUUACCUUGGCGCGGGCUUACCUUGUCUGAGAAAGAUACGGCCAAGCGCACCUAAGCUAAACGUAGCGUGGCGUAGACGAGCUCCACUUGGCCUGGGAGCCAUCCGGAGGAGGGUGGGUGGGAAUCCUUUGUCGGCCUCGAAUCCGACCGUUCCUACUGCGCCCGUACUCCCCACGAGCCAGGCACGUCCCAAAAAUUGGCCGAACGCCGCUGGGUCCGCUGUUCC